AAUCUUGGGAUUGCAGUCAAGAUUCUCUCUCAGUCAUCAAAUCCCAAUUCCCACAAUUUGUUUUCUGUUUGUUUCCCAGUGUGGGCGCACCCAAAAAUAUGCAGAGGUGCCAGAAGAAGAGAGGGCAGUACCCUUUGAUUGCUCUUGUCUUGUUUGCGUUCAUAGUCUUCUCCGUCUUCUUCAAUGGGAGCAACAUUGAAGAAACAUCUCCAUCCGAGGAACACCCUUUUCUCGUAUCCAAGAAUAUCUCCGCCCCAGAGUUUAACCCAGCUAGGGAAUUGGAUAAGUUUAGUAAAUGCCACAACACGGUAGAAUAUAGUGGCAGGGGAGCCAAUUGGGAUGCUCCCAUGCCAGAGUCUGGUGGUAGACGAGAAAUGCCAGAGAGUUGUGACUUCUUCUCGGGCGAGUGGGUCUUUGAUAACACUUCACAUCCACUUUACAGUGAGUUUGACUGCCCUUAUAUGUCUGAUCAAUUGGCGUGCCAAAAGCAUGGAAGGCCCGAGAAGGGUUACCAGCAUUGGAGAUGGCAACCCCACGGCUGCGAUUUGAAGAGAUGGAAUGCAACUGAAAUGUGGGAGAAGUUGAGGGGCAAAAGACUAAUGUUUGUCGGGGAUUCAUUGAAUAGAAACCAAUGGAUGUCAAUGGUGUGUAUGUUGCAGUCCGUGAUUCCGUCUAAUAAGCGAUACAUGUCACCGCAGCAACAUCUUUCAAUCUUUAGAACAGAGGAGUAUAAUGCCAGUGUGGAAUUUCUCUGGGCACCGCUUCUUGUGGAAUCAAAUUCUGAUCAUCCCGUUGAUCAUAGGUUGUCGGAGCGAAUUCUCCGUCCCGAUUCACUUCUCAGGCAUUUGUCACACUGGAGAAAUGCUGAUAUAUUAGUCUUCAAUUCUUACCUAUGGUGGAGGCAAGGACCAGUCAAACUGUUAUGGAGCAAUGAGCAAAAUGGAGCAUGUGAAGAAAUAGAUGGACUACGAGGCAUGGAGUUGGCCAUGAGAGCCUGGGCGGAUUGGGUGGCAUCUAACGUUGACCCCUUGAAGAAGCAAGUAUUUUUUGUUACCAUGUCUCCCACACAUCAAUCGAAGGAAGAAUGGGAACCGGGAAGCGAAGGAAACUGUUACGACGAGAAACUCCCCAUCACAAACAGAGACUACUGGGGAAACGGCUCUGAUGCCGCUACAAUGCAGAUGGUGGGAAGGGUGUUGGGCGAUCUGGGCACAAAAGUUUCGGUUCUCAACAUCACCAAGCUUUCAGAAUACAGGAAGGAUGGCCAUCCCACCAUCUACCGUAAGUUUUGGGAGGCCUUGUCCCCUGAAAAACUAGCAAACCCUGCGAGUUACUCGGAUUGUAUACACUGGUGCUUGCCAGGCGUGCCCGACGUGUGGAAUGAACUGCUGUUCCAGUUUUUGUGAAAGGAGGCAUAUAUGGUUGUGUAAGUAAUUUUUCAGCUGCACUCCAAGGUGAAGUGUAAAGCUUUCAACUUUGCACAAUGUGGAGGAUGGUGGCUGCUUAUUUGAAUUGUAGAGCGAGCUUCCACUUGUAAAAUGAAGAUUUUAAGGUUGAACACUACAGGAAAAUGGGAAUGGAUACCAACAUAUUGAAAUGGCGGCAUCAACAUUUUUCUGCUUCUCCUACGUUGUACUUAAAUGAGUGUUAGAUUCGCUUAUGAACACGUGAAUCCAAUGAAAUUUUAUGAGAAUUGCGUGUGGAUAUUUGCACCUAA